CACAACAUAGUAGUGCUUGUACUGUGCUACUCUACUAUACUCUACCCACCGACAUCACCCCCAGUUCACCGCAGUUCCUCCCAACCCACCGCUGCUGACACGGCCUUUUCUAGGCGUUGCUCGGCAGUCUCUAGGCUCAGAAAAGUCCGAGCUAAGCCACUUCUAGAAACCACUGCGAGCAAGUUGCUCUCACUCUCCAAGUGUCCGCUUCACACUCCAGUCUCAGUCUGUUACACUCUACCCCCGCACCGUCCAAUUUGGAGCUACUACCUGCUUUUGUUAGUUAGUAACUUAGUACCCAAUGCUUCCGCUCGUCCUUCGUAACCUUCCGUUCUACAAGCUGUAGCACUUCGAGGCGACAACAGAAUCAGCGCGACUCGUUUGGAGCGACGCCAUGGCCGCGAGAGUUGUCCGCGCACAGGCGACGGAGUCAAGAAACUUCUCGCCAUCUCCUGCUGGUUACUUAGUAACCCCCUCUUCCUCGGCCUUCUACCAACAGCGUUCCAUAAAUUGCCCUGACGCAUACCCUGCCGAUUACCCCGCCGCACAUCCCUCCGAUUAUCCCGCGGCUGCGUACAGCUGUAGCUCAGCGAAUCGUCCUCGCUUCACCGCGCCGCCUCUCGACGCCAGCUACUUUCAGUCUCAGUCAGCUUUCGACUGGUCCCUGUCAACUCUUGACGGAUCUCCGUCAGCCCUUGACGAAUACUCAUUCGAAGCCGAGGAUCCAGCCAUCGAGGCUUUCCAAAGCACAUCGCCGCGCGCGCUGUUACCAAGUUACGCCACUUUCGCCAGCCACGACUUCGCCGAGCGCGGCGACGGUUUCGCGCGUUCGGCGCACCACUACUACUAUCCCUCCGCGGCGUCCUGGAGCGGCGGAAGCUUCAGCGCGGCCCCACUACCGCAGAAGCAUUCCGCCAACCGGCGCGGCUCCCGCGUCUCCCGCGGCUCACGCGCUGCGGCGGAAGCGGCGGCGUCCGGCCGCGGGAUGAUCGUGCAAGCGGCGGGCGCGCGGCGGCGACCCGCCAUCGGCAUCAAACAGCUGCGCGCGCUGGAAGCCGCGAGGCAGAAGACGGUCAACCAAGCGGCGGCGUCCGCGGAGGUGGAAGCGGAAGCGGAGGCGGAGGCGCAGGCGCAGCCGCUACUGCGUCUGACGCGGACUCUGUAUCGGAUGCACCGGAGCGACGAGGCGCUCGUCUCAGCUUUUGAGAGUUCUCAGCAGUCCCCCAGCGGCGAAACGAGGAGGCGCGCCGAGUCACGGAGGCGCGACGACGAGGAGGGGCUCGCGGCGGAAGCGGCGGAGCCGGCGGAAUUCACGGAGGAGGAGCGAGCGACGCGAAGAGACACAAGUUCGGAGGCGGUCCGAAGGCCGCUACUUGCGGCGACUCGGAGGAGUAACUCAACGCCGCCGGAAGAGACAAAGUCCGCGAGAGAGGCCUCCGGCGGAGAUGUAGCGGCGCGCGGAGGCGGCGGCGGGGAUUCGGGGGAACUCGCGGGGGUCGGGGGAACGACGAUGAGGGCCGCGGACUGCCCUUUCCGGACGAAACGGGCGCAGCAAGCCGCGAUUCUCGGGCUCCAUUCCACGUCGGCGCCUCCGGAGCUAGGCGCCACGUAUGAUGAUCCACGUCACGCCAGAGGCGGCCCAUCGAACGGUCGCGGAGUCGCCAUGAUGUUCCCUCCUCCCGUCGCGCGACGUCGCACGGAGUCGUUCGAGUCGCUCGAGUCGCCACGCCAACCGCCUAGCUCGGCGACGUCUGUUCACUCGAGUGGCUCCCAGUCGCCGAGUCAGUCGCCGUCGGUUCGGCACGCUCCCCCGCUUCAAUCACGCUCGAGUCUCCCUCCGUUACAGUCACACUCGCACUCGCACCGCCAUCGCGGUUCCCAGUCGAGGUCUCGCUCCCCGUCGCCGUCUCCAUCCCCGUUACAAACUAUUCUCGCGGUCCCGUUACAAGCACCACCACGCCGAGAUUCGUCGAUUGACGCGCCUCAGAAGCCAGCUAAGUUGCGAACCAGCCAAUCCCUUUCCGUGGGUAACUAUCUGGCGGAUGCAGGACAAGUGAGGCGGCUCAACGUGGCUCCAAAACCAGCGGAAUUUGGGUUUCUGAGGAGCGGAGGUGAUGGUGGCAGUUUUGGGCGACACUCGCCCGUGAAACACCCGCUCUCCAAGCCCGCAACUCCUCCGAGCCAAGUCCCGUACGCGUUGAAGGAAGCUCCGCUACGCGAUUUUCAGUCUGGGUUGCACUGUUCUACAGUGCCUUCUCACCAGCACAUGCGACGCGGCAGCCUCCCUGCUGCAGCUUCGCCUCGCAUGGAGUCUCCACCAGCAAGGCUCUACAGUAACUGUUCUAAAAUCUCUGCACUUCCUACAACUGAAUUUUGUAAAAGCACGCACUCCCCUUCCAUAUCUCCUAGCAAGCCUCCUCCUUCCCUCUCCCCCAGUGCAAGCCCCAGUGGAACCUCUCUCUAUAAGCUUCCAUCCGACAAUCUUCAAGCGGUAGCCAGCACUCAUUACAACCGCUACAUGCAUCAUGGCCCUCUGAGGCAGAAGUCCAGGCUCGGCCUCCGAACCACCUCGGUAGACCUGGGCGACAUUGCUGCAGGCUCGGCACAUGCUGGACUUGUUGCUCGACAGGCUCGGCAAGGCAGUGGGUUGUACCAGGGGGAGGUGGAUGUGGGGGAGAUGCAGCAGGAGCGGGAGAAUGUCCCCCGGCAGUCAGUCCAGAGGCGAGCCAGACCUAACAGCAUUUCGGUGUGCCCCUCUGCCUACACCCCUCUCUCUCCAUAUGGGCAAGCAUCUGUGGCAACGGCGGCGGUAGCAGCUGCACCGAUGGCUGAUCAGCACUUUUUCCAGCAGCACCGCUCCCAGCAUCAGCAUCAGCAUCACCGACAGCAUCAGCAACAGUAUCAGCAACAGCAGCCACAGCAGCCGCAGCAUCAGCAUCAGCAGCAUCAGCAUCAGCGACACCAGCAUCAGCAGUAUCACCAGCAGCAUGACAGUCAGGGCAGCAGAUCCAACGCCUCUCCCCCCCACUCCCCUCCUCACCAAUCCAUUCGCACCCGCCGUGCCUUACCCUCCCUGGCUGUAAACCCCCUCGGCAGACCCUGCGAAUCGGCCUCUUCCAUCCUCCGUACAAGCAGCCUCACUACCAACACAGCAGCCUCGUCCUUCACUUCUUCUACCUCCCCACCACUCCUCUUCCCCCCACCCCCUGCCCUAACCGUCAAGCAGUCACCACUUGAACCACCAGCUCCAUUUGCAAGCUUCCAAUCACGCGCACAUUGCCGGGUCGUUUUCGCAGGAUCCUCAUCUGCCUCUGCAUCACCCCAUCUGCUGCCCUCUGCUGCCCCGGGUUCACCCGACGCUGCCUCUCCCGGCGUUUCCCCUUCCCCGGGUUCACCUUCACCAGGCAGCGCUUCCUCUGGCAACGCUUCCCCCUGCCCUCUGCCCAAGUCAAUCCUGACCGUCCGUGACGAGGGGUCCUCGUCCAUCGGCCGUACAAGGUCUCUUGGCAGGCUGGUCAGAUUCAACAAAGUAGCGCAAGUACAUAUCAUAGUGUAGCUGGGAUUUUUGUCCCGUGCCCCAAGUCUUCGCUUACAGUUCAUCACGAGGGGUCAUCUAUAGGGUGUACAAGAUUCCUUGCCAUGUAGACUUGUGAGGUUCAACAUAGUAGCUGAAGUACAUAUCAUACGGUAGUGUAGCUGGGCAUUUCCAGCAGCAAUGCUUCGCCCCUUGCACUCAGCAUCUAGGAUUUGGUGGCUUGCUUGUUGUCAGACUAGAUAAGGCACUGAAAUGCACGCUGAAGUGUAGGUUUGAAACUAUAAAGUGUCAAACAUGUG